GUCGUUGAAGCGCACUCUCUUGCCGGCUGCUUCUACAACUGGUACACACUGGAGCUGUGGCACACGGCAACCCAAAAGAAACAACAGUUUGUUCGCGCUGACCUCAAGGCAGGCGUCAACAUCAUGAUCAUAGCAGCAGGGCGAGAGGUAGACGUACCAACGGCGCCACUGGACCGGGACGGCGUCGCGUACCGGCUGUGGAAGCAGCGUGUCUGGACGCUAGCGGAAGACUUGGACAAGAAGGUCAACGCUGCGCUUGGGAGUAUCGACGGUAAAGGCCGAUCCAAAACCGCGGGGUCGCUACGGAAGCGCUGGAGAAAGCUGCGCGUUGACCACCGCUCUGCGUAC